AAUAUUCAUUAAAACGCCGGCGGCAAAUGCAAAAUUGUCAACUUUUGCAUAAACAAACAUCAUGAUUUCAAUGUCAUUGAAGAUGUGUAUGGGUUGUCCGGACUGUUGACUGGCAUGCAUUUGUUGAAAUUCCCCAACUGGGUCGCUCUUAUCUUUCUUGGUAUUGCUUUCUUGUGCUUCUACAGAAACCCAUAUUCUCGUCCUUCUUUGAGUAUGGCUGAAGAUUCUUCCAAAUCCAUAUACGAUUUUACGGUCAAGGAUAUCCGUGGAAAUGAUGUUAGUCUGAGUGAAUACAGUGGGAAGGUUCUCCUGAUUGUCAACGUUGCUUCAAAAUGUGGUUUAACUCAAACAAACUACAAGGAAUUGAAUGUUUUGCAUGAAAAGUACAAAAGUCAAGAGUUUGAGAUCUUGGCAUUUCCUUGCAAUCAGUUUGCAGGACAAGAACCAGGAAACAGUGAAAAAAUUCAGGAAGUUGUGUGCACAAUGUUUAAAGCUGAAUUCCCAAUUUUCGAGAAGAUUGAGGUGAAUGGGAAGAAUGCAGCACCCAUUUACAAGUUCCUCAAAUCACAGAAAGGGGGAAUAUUUGGAGAUGGCAUAAAAUGGAACUUCACAAAGUUUCUAGUGAACAAAGAAGGAAAGGUUGUGGAGAGAUAUGCACCAACCACAUCACCUCUUAAAAUUGAGAAAGACAUCCAGAAUCUAUUGGAAUCAUCUUAAUUACCAAGGACAUGCAUAUCGACUCUCAGAUGUCCUUGGAGUACGUGGGUCAGAGGACUGCAACAUACUUGUGUGAAGUUAAAUAAUAUUGAAAGUCUUUCUUAAUGUAAUCUUCUUCAUGGUGUUUUUCUGCUUGUGGUUUAAUUGUUUAGAAUAAUAAACACACAAAGAAUAGAUAAUUUUAUUUGUUCAGAAUGGAUGAGACCUUCAUAUUCUUCUAAAAAAUCUCCAAACUUAAAUCUAGGAAGAUUUUGUUUUUUCAUAAUGUGAAAUAAUUCAUGCUUACUUCCAUAUUUUUCAGGAAA